GGGAACUCUGCUGCUCCAGACUGUAGACAGUGCUGGAUGCUGCUGGUCAUCCUAUGUUCCUCCUCUUCUCUUCUCCUCUCCCUCCUCUCAUUCUUCGUCGUCUACCUCUGUUGCAGAAGGAAAGAUGAAGCCCUCCAUGUUGCUCAGACAACACCCAGCAGUAGAGAUAUAACAUCAAUCAGGAACCAGGAUGAAGAUGGCCUGUGUUACGCUACACUGGAUAUCCCUCUACGUUCUCAGAGACCUAAAAAGAAAAGAGUCCAACCCUCAGAGUUCAGCACCUACUCAGCCAUCAAUACUAAGAGGAUGUGACCAUGACCAAGUCUUUUAAUACAAAUUCAAAGUAGGCUACUCUACUUUCUCAAUAUGACCGCAUCUUUGUGCUGUCAAGAGGAGGAUAAUUUUCCACUUCAGUCUCAAGAGAAUGUCAUAAAGUAAAGCUUGUUCGGAAGAAUGUUUAAAUACCGUAUACUGUUUGCAUAUUGUUAGUCAAUGGUGCAAAUCUAAUAAUGCUUUUUUGGCUAUGUUCAUUCACUAGAUUAUUAGAUAUUGUUUGUUAUUUGUUGGUUACUAUGCAGUAAGAUUGAUUGAUGGGAAAUGUAGAAAGGCCUCUGUUUGUAUAAGGUUAUGAUCUUGAACUAUUUAAAGCUAUUCUGCAUAGGUUGUAAUGUUUGCUUGGCAGUCUCUAAUCCACGUUUUACAAGUAGGAUGCUGGCAGCACCUUUAAUGUCCCAUGAACACAUUGUUACAACAAAAGUACGUUAACAUUUUUCAAUAAGGCUACAUUUAUUAACCAUUAUUUAACAUUAGUUAUUGCAGUAAUACAGUGAAUUAGGUCUUCAUUUAUACAUUAUUAAAUCUAUAAAUAAAGUGAUACGGGAAAAUAAUGGGAUUUCUUCAACCUGUACCCAACAUUACAAUCAUUUUGGUUCUAAGGGACUAAUGCAAGCAACGGUUUUUGACAGUAUUGAGCGAGACGGCAAACCGUAAAAAGGUUUAUGUCUUGAUCCAUCUGUUAUUGUGUUAAAUCAAGUCUUAUUUAAGGAUACGUCUCACAAGAGUUUAGUUAUUGCAAAAAGAGAACGGCGGAUUCGUGAGGGAGAAUUGGAGAGAAGAUGUAGAUUAGUGUUAUCUAAAAGAUUUGGUUGGAGCGGAGAGUUUAGAUGUAAUGACGAUAGGGAAAUUCCCUGCAACAACAAGAUUUCAGAGUUCUCCUUGAGCGAGCCAAUAUAACAAACAGACCGGAUGAAGUUAAUGGUGGAGAAAAAUGUUUUAUCUCUCUGCAGGGUUCCUCUCCAUAAUGUUGUAAGCCAUGUGUAGCAGUCAGAGUCAGUGGCAAAAACAGCCCUUUUUGAGAACAUACGUUGAGGGGCGCUGUUGCCCAAAAGGAUAGACUUGGGGCCUGUCUCGCAGAUUACAGCAGGAGCUUCUUGCUCGGUACUGGAAAUAUUUUAAAUUAUUUUCUCCUCGACCUAAAAUUAUUAGAAAAAAGGGUCCAAAUGGAGAAA